AUGCCUUCACGUACCGACUCGCCGCUUCAAGUUGCCAUCAUCGGCGCCGGCCUUGGUGGGCUAGCUGCUGCUAUCGCCCUUCGUCGCCAGGGCCAUACCGUCACGGUUUACGAGCGAUAUGAUUUUGCCGGGGAAGUCGGUGCAUCACUCAGUGCUGCUUCUAAUGGAUCGCGGUUUCUCGAGGAAUGGGGGGUGGACAUGAAAGCAGCAAAGCCUGUCAUCUUGAAGCAGCUUAUUAUGCAUAACUGGUCUGAUGGGAGGGUGCAAAGCACAUAUCCGUUGGGCGACUACAAAUCCAAAUUUGGCACAGAUUAUAACAAUUUCCAUCGCAUUGAUAUUCACAAAGAACUGAUCAAAUCCGCCUUUGAGACCCCCGGAGAAGGCCCUCAGUGCGAGCUCAAGGUCAACCACAAAGCGGUCGAAGUAAAUGCGGAAGAAGGGACCAUUCGAUUCGAGAACGGGGUUCAAGUAACUGUCGACAUGAUUGUCGCUGCCGAUGGGAUCCGAUCUCUCACACGGAACCUGAUCGGAAUCACUCCUGAGUUUGAAUUGUCGACAUCAUGCUGCUACCGAUGCAUCAUUGGGGCGGACAAGCUCCGGGAACUUGGCCUGGAAGAUUACAUCUCCAAUGAGGCGAUCGAGUACUGGGGCGGCUUUGGGAUCAACAAGAUCGUCAUGUCACCCUGUAGCAACGGUGAAGUCGUGAGCUGCUACUGCUUCUACCUCGCAUCGGUCAACAAUCUUCGGGAAGAUGGAUGGAACAUCAGUGCCACACCGCAACAGCUAGUGGAAACAUUUCCCGACCUCGAUCCCAGAAUGAAAACGCUGAUGUUGAACGCGGAAGAUAUCAAGAUGUGGCGAUUAUAUCGACACCAGCCAUAUCCAUACUGGGUCAACGGCAAAGUCUGCCUACUCGGAGAUGCCGCACACCCCAUGAUGCCCGAUCAAUCUCAAGGAUCAUGCAUGGCAUUCGAAGACGCCGGAGCCCUCGGAAUCGUGUUCCACAAGAAUUUCAGAAAUGAUUAUGGUAUGUCCGAAGGUUUGAAGUUGUAUGAAAAACUGCGAAAGACGCGUGCGACACGCGUGCAGGAGGCGAGUUUCCGGGCGCGCGAGAACCUCAGCGAGCGGAUUGGAUGGAGUUCUUCAACUGACCGACCGGGCAAAUUGACAAUUGAAGAGGUUUGUGGAUAUAAAAUGAAGCAUCAUUUUGCAAAGCUGUUGAAGGGCGAGUAG